UUUGCAGAAACAUCCUUCUGGAAUUUAAUUAUGAAUUUGGUAUUCAUCGCCGCUUUGUUAGCGGCGUGCAGUGCCGGGAAACUCGACCGAACAUACUUACCCCCUGCAUCAUCACUAUCCGCUGGUGGCACUCCUGGGAUAUUCAACACAUUUAACUCCGAAGGCGUAAAUACCCUGAUACCAGGGUUACAAGCACCGUUUCAAAGGACCAAUGACAAAAACCCUCGGGGAAACCAAGUUCCAUCAGGAAGUUACGAGAAUGAGCACGAUGGUGUAGUCGUUGACGCAGCAGCACCUGGAACCAGAGCAUCUAACCAACCUUCAGGACUUGGAGGGCCUAGAGUUAACUAUGGAUCAACGGAUUCCAAGGUUGGGGCAGCUGCAUUCAGAGGUACUAAGAAUCAAGCUGCUUACGCCACAAACGAAAGUGGAAAACUAAAUGCUUUCCAAAGCCAAGCGCAAUUUGGGAACCAACCCCAAGGGCAAAAUGUUGAACCAGAUUUAUCCGCUUUCUACCAACCUACAGGUCAAAAACCCACAAGUUCUUCCAACCCAGGGAUCCAAAUAUUCAAAGACCCAGGAUCGUCCACAUUACAGUAUUAUAACAAUAUUGGGUUGAACAGGUUUGAUUAUGGUUACGAAACUGAAAAUGGUAUUAAAUCUGCGGAAAGAGGUGUUUCUAUCAAUGGGGUUAUGACCCAAGGCAGUUAUUCGUAUAUGGGUGAUGAUGGGAAGGUGUACAGCAUAGUUUACACCGCAGAUAAAGAUGGAUUUCGACCUACCGGUUCCCAUCUUCCUACCCCACCGCCUAUUCCAGCUGAAAUAAUGGAGUCCUUACAGCAAAAUGCAAAGGAUGAAGCAAACGGAAUAUAUGACGAUGGCUCUUACGACGCUCAGAAAUACAAUGCAGGAGACGAUUACGCUCAAAGUGACGCUAAUGACAAUUAUAACGAUAGACAAUCGAAUAAAUUUGGAGGACGACCUGGAUACGGCGACGUUGGAAACACAUUCAUUAAUCAAGCCCAACAAGGCUUCGUGAGGCCAAACGUUCAAGGACACGUUAGUUCAUACGACUAUUCAAAUUCUAAAGGUUUAUCAAUCCAACCCGAUAACUCCUUCGGAGCUGGUGCUAGUGGAUUUGAUAAUACAAAACAAAUGAAUAAAUUUUUUAACCAACCUGGAUUUUUCGCUGGAGCUAGCUCAUUCAAUAACCAGCAAUCAGGCUCUGUGAGCCCAAACGCUCAAGGACAAUUCAGUACUAACGACUUUUCAAAUAAUGAUCAUUCAUCAACGCAACAUGAUACCUUUAAAUUUGGAACAGGUGUAAGUGGAUUUGAUAACACAAAACCAUCAAAUACAUUGCUGAAUCAACCUGGAUUUAAUUCUGGAGCUAAAACAUUCAAUAACCAAGGUCAGCAAGAAUUUGUAAGGCCAAACGUUCAAGGACACGUUAGUUCAUACGACUAUUCGAAUUCUAAAGGUUUAUCAAUGCAAUCCGAUACCACCUUCGGAACAGGUGGUAGUGGAUUUGAUAAUAUAAAACAAACGAAUAAAUUUCUUAACCAACCUGAAUUUUUUUCCGGAGCUAGCUCAUUCAAUAAUCAGCAAUCAGGCUCUGUGAAGCCAAUUGUUCAAGGACAAUUCAGUACUAACGACUUUUCGAAUUCUGAUCAUUCAUCAACGCAACAUGAUACCUCUAAAUAUGGAACAGGUGUAACUGGAUUUGAUAACUCAAAACAAUCUAAUACAUUUGGGGAACUACCUAACUCCAACAAAGGUGCAGGCACAUUAUUUAAUCAAGGUCAACAAGGAUUUGCUAGGCCUAGCGCCCAAGAGCAAUUCAGUUUGUCUACCAGGAAUUUGUCGUUGGAGAAACCCGAUUCCCCCAAAUUAGGAACCGGUGAUAGUGGAUAUGAAAUAACAAAACCACCGAUUAAAUUUGGAGAACGCCCCGGUUCCGAAACCAGUGUUAGCAGUGACAUAUUCAUGAAUCAGGACAAGCAAGGCAUUGCGCAGCCAAACAGUCAAGGCCAAUUUAUUUCAUAUGAUUUUUCUAAAGACUCUUUAUCAACGCAGCCUGACACCACCAAAUAUUCAACAAGUGAAAAUUCAAUUGACAAAACAUCAAACCAAGCUGACCGGUUGAAUCAAAAUGGACAGAACACUGAAGUUAAUAAUAGAUUUGGAUCGCAGUUUCAAUAUUUACCUCCAGUUGGAAAUAGUCAGGAUUCAAAACCUUUUCAAGUGACAGAGCCAUUUAAAAGUACUGACGAUAAAAACUUUAACAGACUUCUUUCAGAUCAAAAAUUACAAAAUCAAGAAUUUUUAGGAAAUCCUUCAACUACCCAGAUAAAGCCAAGCCAUUCUUUUGAGCCAUUUAUCUCAAAUCAAGGAUCUUUAAAUAACCCACUGGUUCCAUCCAGCUCUGAUUUAAAUAAUUUUAGUACAAAUAAUGGUGCAAAAAAUGAUGCAUUAUCACUUUCAACCCCAGAACAUAGCAUUGGGGUUGCACCUACUCAAGAAAUUGUAAAUAAUAGUCCUCAAAAUCAAGGGCUAUCUUUCUCAACUGACUUAGAGAGUUCUGGUGAUAUUAGAGAUCAAAACACAAACCCAAAUUUAAGUAAUACAUUCAGUUCUAGUGUUUUGCCACACACUUUACCUACAAAACAACCUGAAUUUACGCUUACCACUCCUUUAGAAAACCAAGAACGACAAACUAACAGUGCUACCUCGGAACUAGGUCUUAAUAACGUUGGUAACGUGCAAUCUUUCUUAACGAAUAAUCAGAAACCGAAUGAUAGUCAAUUUGAUAAUACAUUUCUUCAACAAUCUCAAGUAUCUGAUGAAUCUUACAUUUACAACAAACCAUCAAAUCCCUUCAUUAUGCCAUCUGUUCAGCCAGAUUUAAACAAAAGUACCGGUAUAAUAUCAAGUCAAUUUAAUAGUGUAACGCAACCAUUUCAAGUAUCGAUAUUUUCUACUCAAAACCAAGAUCUAAGUGAAUCUACCAAAUAUCCGCAACCACCUACUUUGGCCCCAAUUACUCCAACCGUAGCGACAUCGAAAGACGGUGAAAUUGGGAAAAGUACUUAUCAAAUAAAUGGCGUUACUCAAGCUACAAUAUCUUCUUUCCCAUUCAUUACCCCAACAUCUUCAUCUCAAAUGCACUCUGGAGAAGUUUAUGAAUACACAAAACCAGAUCAGGGGUUGCAGAAAGAAAAUACUCGAGAGUCUAAUUCGGAGGUGGUUAAACAGAGUUCUUUGCAAUCGCCACAAGAAGAAGAUCCCAUAAAACCACAAAUAAACGAGAAUACACAAUUUGGUCAAGAAUAUCCAACUCCAAGUACCUCAUCAUUUGGUCAACCAACAACUCCAUUCAUCUUCAGUCCUCAAACUGGCUCGACAUUCGCAAAACAACCAAUCUCUCAGCCACAAUUAGGUUCUCAGUCAAGCUUUUUAUUUGGGCAGCCAACUACUCUGUCUCGCUUCGAUGCGCUCACAAGUACGUCACUAAACCAGCAAACAACACCAACGCGUUUUGGUGAUCUAACUAGCUCAUCCUUUGGCCAGAAACAAACUCUUCCAUCUUACGAGUCACAAACAAGUACAUCCUUUUACAAAGAAACAAAAUCUCCACAAUUCAGUGAUCAAACAAGUUCACCAUUUGGUCAGCAAUCAAAACGACCACAAACCAGCUAUUCACUGAAUCAAAACACAUCACCAAUUCAAACCAGUUCAUCUUAUGGUCAAAAACCUACGCAAGGAAAAAUAAUGGAGCAGACAAGCUUUUCAUUUGGAUCACAAACAACGCCAUCGAGAUUUGGUGCAAUAACAAGCACUUCAUUUAAUCAACAAACUACACCAUCACCUUUCAGGGUUCAAACAAGCUCAACAUUUGGACAAAAAACUACUCAAUCACAAUUAGCAGAUACCAGCUUUUCAUUAGGAUCACAAACAACAUCAUCUCGCUUUGGUGAUCUAACAAACCCAUCAUUUGGUCAAAAAUCAAGUGGACAAACUAACCUUUCAUUUGGAUCGCAAACAACGCCAUCGAGAUUUGGUGCAGUAAUAAGUACAUCACUUAAUCAACAAACAACACCAUCAUCUUUAAGUAUUCCAUCAAGUUUUCAAACAAGCUCUACAUUCGAGCAAACCACCAUUCAAUCACAAGCAGGUGGUCAGAGAAGCGUUUCAUUUGGAUCACAAACAAUACCAUCUCAUUCUGCAGUGCCGAUAAGUACAUCAUUUGGACAAAGGACUACACCAUCUAGAUUGGGUACACAAUCAAGCUUAUCAACUGCACAAGAAAUAAUUCCAUCUCCUUUUCCAUCACAUUUCGGGGUUCCAGCAAGCUCAACAUUUGAGCCAAAACCAACACAAUCACAAUUAGAUGGACAAACAGGUGUUUCAUUUGGAUUGCAAACAACACUUUCUCGAUUUGGUGCGCCUGUAACUACAUCAUUUGGACAACAAACUACACCAUCUAGAUCCGGUGUACAAUCAAGUUUAUCAACUGCACAACAAACAACACCAUCAACACUAAGUCCUACAGGUGCAUUAUUUAGACAAAAAAUAACACCAUCGCUAUUAAACAUACCAACAGGUUCAGUAUCUGGACAACAGACAACACCAUCUAAGACCGGUGCACAAUCAAGCUCAUUUACUAGUCAACAGUUAACAACGUCACCUUUCAGUGAACAGACGAGCUCUGCAUUUGGGCAAAAAAUAAUACCAUCACGGUUUUAUAACUCAACGUCUGAGCAACAAUCAAUAACACAAAUUGGAGACGGACAGCGAAAAAAUGAAAACUCAGUGGGGACUCAACUCCAAGAAUCGAAUAAGCAAUCUGAAACUCAAUCCGAUUUCAAGCCUUUACCAUCACUCGCAAUCACAUCUAAUUCAGAAGAAUCUUCAGAUGAAAUCUACCAAUACAAUAAACCAACUACAAGUUUUCCGUCUAAUGAUGGAAAUAAUACACAGUUAAAUUUUGGUUUACAACCAUCUCAAGCCAUAAACCAAUUAGGUCAACAAAGUAAUGGUCUAAUUGAAACAAACGGUAUCACACUUGUAUUCGAUGAUAAACAAUCACAACUAUUGGGUAUAAAACCGAAUAACCAAUUUGGUUUAAAAGCUGAACAACCGAACAAUCAACAAUUACAAGGUACUCAUUUGGACCAACAGUCUGUUUUGCAGUCUGAAGAAGAAAGUUUCUCAGCCUUGACAAAAACUGAAGAGGCUAGUCAACAGAACCAGCACUAUCAAGAAAAGACACCUCCACGUUUUUCGCAACAGCAAAAAGUAACCAAUUUACCAUUUGCAAGUCAAACCACUCCCCCAUCUAUUACACCAACAAGCUCGUCUGAACAAAGCUUUGACAGUAAGGAAACAACUACUUUCCAGUUUUCUUCGACCAGUCCAGAUAAUACCCAGACGAUUUCACAAAAAAAAGAUCAGUCUCAAAAUUCUCAAUCAGGUGAAGUCUAUCAUUAUGAAAAACCUUCUCAAACAUUCCCCGAAACUUUCUUAAUAGUUAAUAAUCGAUUAGGGCAAAAACAAGAAUCUGCUGAAGAACCUGCUCAAAAUAAAAUAGACCUGACAAAACCAAUUACUUCACAUUUAUCACCGAGUUAUGAAAAUCUCAACAAUGUUAAAUUGCCAACGCAAGAUCCUGAUGUAUCACUAUCUCAAACUGAUAACAAACUACAGUCAGGCUCUAUACAAGAUACGUUACCAAGUUCGAAGCCUUUUAAUUCACGUCCGCAAUUUAUAUAUAGCGCUUGUUGUCAAGGACUUAAGACGCAAAAUAGUGAAGGAUUACAAUCAUUUUCGAGUAAAGCUCCUUCUGACACUCGAUUGAACGCCAACUUUGGAUUCAACAAAAAUGAUAAUCACGUUUCAAAUACAAAUGGUGUAGAAGAUAAUAAGUUCAGCAACAUAGGAUCAGGCAUUCAGGAUUCUGGGGCUCAAAAAGAAACCACUAGUUUUAUCGGUAAGGGAGAAGAGUUUGGUGGGCCUCCAAACCCACCAAAGUUUGACGAAACGGGCUAUCAUUAUUAAAGGAUAACGAUAACAAUUGACUUUAUGUGAAUAUAGCUCAAAUACUAGCUAUGAGUGAACUG